AUGCUGUUACAGGCGAGCCUGGAAGAGAUGGAUCACCUGGAAGUCCUGGACCGCCUGGAAGCCCCGGUCCGCCUGGAACAGUGGACCCAGACACACUCAAGACGCGUGACAAUUGGCACGGCGUUCCAGCGCAGGCCGCGGCCACGCACCAGUUGGGCACGACUCCAGGCGCUGGCGACGGCCGGUCCCCCGGGAGCCGUGGGCGAGAAGGGCGAGCCUGGACUGCCUGGAGCGGCUGGAGGCCAGGGCGAGCCCGGCCCCGCAGGUCCCAAGGGCGACCCGGGCCCCGCAGGCGCGCCUGGCGCCGCCGGACACCAGGGUUCUCCGGGUCUACCUGGAGUCCCUGGUCCGAAGGGCAGCCAAGGGCCUCCGGGACUGGACGGCGCGCCCGGCGUGCCCGGAACCGAUGGCAGGGACGGCGACAAGGGCCUCAAAGGUGAUCCAGGGAUUCCAGGGAGAGAAGGACCACCCGGUCCUCCAGGACCGACGCCGGAGCUGCCCAUCCUCAACGAGGUUGCUCCAGUUCCAGGACAGAAGGGCGAUCGAGGAGAGCCUGGACCAAAGGGCGCGCCUGGAGAGCCCGGUCCAAAAGGCGACAGGGGAGAUCCUGGGCGACCUGGAGUUCCAGGGGAGGACGGCGGUCCAGGACCGCAGCAACAUGACCCAGACGUGACUGAGCUUCCAGAAAUGGGAAACUACUUAAUGGAAGUAGCUAUUGCGUCAACAGGACGCGACCCAUUCUCAGAGUUGUAG